CUCUCGCCGGCCCUUGUGUGUGUGGUCUCUUCAUGCAGCCCUAGUGGAUGUACUGUCCGGAGGACGAUUUUGAUAAGGCGUACACGAUCGAUUCGAGGGGACCAUGCAAAUUCAUCUCCACUGACACGGCCGUGCUGUGCUUGCAAGGUAAUGGCUCGAGAGGGAUCCAAAUCGAUCGCCUCCAACCCCGCGCACUGCGCAUAAAAAGGCGCAGGGGGUGCGCGUGAGCCAUGGAUUGAAGCUCCUGCCUGCGGCAGCAAUAAUAUCCCCCACCCGGACCCGGCCUCACCUCGUGGGCUGCCGUUGCUCUGUCCAGGACCAGGCACUCGCUGGAGCUGCGAGUGAGCGGGGUGGGGGGUGUUGAGCUCGCUCGCUCGCUACCUUGUCCAUGCCCGCCGGCGGCCGCGAUGGGCAAGAAGGGCGGCACGUCGUGGCUCGCCGCCGUCAAGCGCGCCUUCCGCUCGCCCUCUAAGGAGGACAGCCCAACCAGGAAGUCGUCACGCCUCCGCGAAGACACCGACACCGACGAGGACAAGGGAAAGAGGGAGCGGAGGAGAUGGCUGUUCCGAAGGUCAUCGUCCCCAACCCCGUCGCCGGCUCCGGCUCCGGCUCCCGCGGCGCCCGAGCAUCCGCAGCCGCAGCCGCAGCCGGCUGGGAGGUCAGCGGCUCCCCCGGCCGUGACGGAGGAGCAGCGCCACGCCAUCGCGCUGGCCGUGGCGACCGCAGCGACCGCCGAGGCAGCUGUGGCCACGGCGCAGGCGGCGGCCGAGGUGGUCCGCCUCACGCGCCCCAACUCCGGCUUCGUGCGCGAGCACUACGCCGCCGUCGUCAUCCAGACCGCCUUCCGGGGCUACCUGGCGAGGCGGGCGCUGCGGGCACUCAAGGGGCUCGUGAAGCUGCAGGCGCUGGUGCGCGGGCACAACGUGCGGAAGCAGGCCAACAUGACGCUGCGGUGCAUGCAGGCGCUGGUGCGCGUCCAGGCGCGCGUGCGCGACCAGCGGAUGCGCCUCUCGCAGGACUCCAUGUCCAUGUCCGCCGCUGCGGCGCCCUGCGGUAGCAGCAAGUCCUCCUACAGCGUCGACACGUCCACCUUCUGGGACUCCAAGUACACCCAAGACUACGCCGACCGCCGCUCCGUCGAGCGGUCGCGAGACGGCAGCAGCUUCGCGGCCGACGACUGGGACGACCGGCCGCGGACGAUAGAGGAGAUCCAGGCGAUGCUGCAGACCAGGAAAGACGCGGCGCUCAAGCGUGAGAGAGCGCUCUCCUACGCCUUCUCGCAUCAAAUUUGGAGGAACCCGACGCCGCCGGUCGAGGAGGUGGACGUCGACGGGCAGCCACGGUGGGCGGAGAGGUGGAUGGCGUCGCGCGCGUCGUUCGACACCAACAGGAGCAGCGUCCGUGGCGCCGCGGCGGCGGUGGCUGCGGCGCCGGGGCGCGCGUCGAUGGACCACCGCGAGCCGGUCAAGACGCUGGAGAUCGACACCGCGCGGCCCUUCUCGUACAUCACGCCCCGACGGCAGGCGCCGUCGUCCUCGCCGAUGCACCGGGCGCACCACCACUCCCCGGUCACGCCGUCGCCGGGUAAGGCGCGCCCGCCUAUCCAGGUCCGCUCUGCGAGCCCGCGCGUGGAGCGCGGCAGUGGGGGAGGGAGCUACACGCCGAGCCUGCACUCCCAGCGCCACGCGACGUCCACCACGGCGGUGCCGAGCUACAUGGCGGCGACGGAGUCUGCCAAGGCGCGCGUGCGGUCCCAGAGCGCGCCGCGGCAGCGCCCAGCGACCCCGGAGCGCGACCGCCUCCUUGCCUUAGGCGCUGGCUCCGGCGGCGUCAAGAAGCGGCUGUCGUUCCCGGUCCCUCUGGACCCGUACGGCGGCGGGUACGCGCAGAGCCUGCGGAGCCCGAGCUUCAAGAGCGCGGCGGGGCGGUUCACCUCGGAGCAGCGGUCGAACGUGUCGUCGUCGUGUGCGGAGAGCCUCGGCGGGGACGUGGUGUCGCCGUCGUCCACCACCGACCUGCGCCGCUGGCUCCGCUGAGCCGGCGAGGUGUUCGCCCGUUGUAAUGCCUUCCUUGUCAGACACGAGCACGUGUACUCUCUCUCCUCUUCUUUCGCUGUCGUACUCCUAGUAAUUCAUGGCAGCCUUUCUGCGUCAGUGAGUGUGUGACUGUGGUGGGGCCCGCUCGCCGGAGACAGGCGCAGGCUGGACUGGAACUGGAAAGCUGUAGGCGCGGUUAGUUGGGCUGGCGCUGGAGUUUGGGAAAGCGGGAAAGGCCGGCGAGGCGAGGCGAUGCCUUUUGCAGUUUUGCGUGCGUCGGGGAGCGGUGGGUGGCGCCUUUCGCCUUUUCUCGUCUUCUAGGUCAGUCGGUGUCUCUCAGCAUGCGAGUUUGGGCCAGCUCCGUACCGCCACUCGCUUACAGCUCUGUUAUGUUACAGGUCGUAGUCUAUAAGGGUAGUACUUGCUACGUACUUGGUAUCAACUACUGCAUUAUUAGCCGUAGCCGUACGUUGAAACCCUGGAAGGAGUGGACAUGUCUUGGCUGCACGGGACGGCCGCGGGGCAGCCCUGCCGGCUGCCGACGCCGACUCCGACGCCGCGAAGGCAGGCAGGCAGGCAGGCGCAUGUGAUCGAUCGAUGUGAGGUGGUGGUAAGUUGCAUGGCGAAGGCAUGGCCCCCGCGUCGCGUGCCGGCUCACGUGGGAGGCUUUUGGGCAGGCGGGCGUGGCGGGGCCGCCUCCCGUCCUCCGUCGCGCAUCUUCCGCCGCUUGUGGGGCGCAGCGGCAGCGCGCACAUGCCGUGCUUUUUGGGCUGGGUGGCUUCGCCGGCUUUGGCUUCCACAUCCGAUCCGCCUAGCAGAUUGACGAUGAGCUCACUGCUGCUGCCUCCAUCUGUGCUUCCGACCGUACGACGACGUACGAGUUGUAGUAGUAGGAGUACAUCAACUUUUUCUAGUCUAGCAGUAGUAGUAGGCCAGUAGAUGAGUAGAAGCCAGUAACCACUAUC